AUGCCCCUCGCACGACUUUACCUUCCCCUCACCUUGCUCACUGCCGUAGGCGUUGUCGACGCCAGGGCAUCAAACACGUCAUCGCAUUCCCACGCCGCUCUUCUCUCUUCCCGCGCCGUCACUCCGGUCGUGCGGGCAACGACGUCCUACGGCAACCUCGCCGACACUGGGUACAAUCGAGAUUCCUGCACGUCGACGGCGUGGUAUGGGGACAACGUGUUGUGGACCUGCCGCGACACCCAGACACUCAGCACAGCGGGCGUCCCGGGCAAUGGACUCGUCGUGAAUACCGGAGCAUGGAGCGGAAAGCCAUCGGGGACAUCAGCGGGGACGCUGACACUGCGGACCCCACAAGGGUAUGGCCCGCUGUUCUACCCGCUGGAGGGCGAUGAAUGCCCGACGAAUGGCGCCUGCAGCGACGGGACGAGAUGGGUGGGCUGGCCAGACACGGGCCCGGCGGUCGUGUUCAGCUUCGACAAUGAUGGGUUCAUCAAGAGACAACACCUCAGCGGACUCAGCCUCAUCAACACGCCAGACACGACCCUCUACCAUGUCUCGCAGAACCCUGUCAAUACCAACGCCAUGCCGCAGGCCACUGUCGACACGAGCAAGUUCUGGGCGUCGAAUCAGGUGGGGUAUGGAACGGCAGCGACGGUGCUGAACGGGUCCUAUGUUUAUUUGUACGGCUCGACACCCAAUGGUCAGCUCGCCGUGGCGCGCUCUGCGCUAACGGGCUUUCUUGGGGCAUUGAACAGCAAGAGCACCUACCAAUACUACGUCAAUGGUGGAUGGACUGCGUCGGCACCUACAACGUCGACGGCCGGGAUUGCACUCGCCAACACGCGCGGAAACGUACAAGGGACGGUGUACUUUUCCGCCAAGUGGAACAGCUUCGUCUGGAUCGGCGGUGAUGGUUUCCCCAACGCCAACUUCUACGUGUCCACUGCGCCCGCGCCGGAAGGCCCGUGGACGGUCCCGACGCUAUUCUACUCUGGCGCGGUUGGCACCGGCUCGCUGGCCGCGUACUCCGCCGUCGCGCACCCGGCGCUCACGGAUGGGACGGGGAACUAUAUUUUCAUCACGUGGACCAAGACGGCGAAGUCGAGCAACGGGGAUGUGUACACGCAGCCGCUCGUGCGCGUGGACUGGGCGUGA